AUGUCCCUUCUCCUCCCACGCACCCUCCGCCACACCCUCCGCCACACCCGCCCUCUGCGCCUCCGCCCACUCCAAGCAUCCCCCUACAGCACCACACCACCACCGCCGCCCCGCCGCAGCAAAAACCUCGCCCUCGCUGCCGCCGCCGCAACCCUCACCACCCUCGCCGCCGGCACCUACACCUACACCACCACCCGCACCCCCACCUCCACGCUCAACCCCCACACCUUCACCCCCUACACCCUCACCACCAAGACCCCCAUCUCCGCCGGCCCCACCCCCACCAGCAUCUUCACCCUCACGCCCACCUCCCCGUCCCCACCGCUCCCAUUCACAACCGGAAUCCUCUCCCUGCAGAUAAAGCAGCCCCAGCUGCAAAUCGCGCGCCCCUACACCCCGCUGCCACCACCACCCGAGAAGGACGACGGCACCAUCAGACUCCUCAUCAAGCGGGAGCCCGGCGGCGAGAUGUCGCGCUACCUGUACAGCCUCCCCGAGGGCGCCGCGGUCGAGCUGCGCGGGCCGCAGGUGGACUAUGUCUACACGCCCAGCGACCUGAGCGGCGAGCGGAAGAUCGUUUUCUUUGCUGGGGGCACCGGGAUUGCGCCUGCGCUGCAGGUUGCGUCGAGUCUGCUUGGUGGUGAGGGCGGGAAGGGCAAAGGGAGGGCGGAGAUACUGUGGGCUGUGCGGCGGCGUGAGGAGACGGGUGGGGCGAUGGCGGAUGAGGUUGCGCGGCUGGCGGGGCGGGUGGAUCCGGAGGGGGUGGGGCGGCUGGUGGUGAGGGUGUUUGUGGAUGGGGAGGGGGGGAUUGGGGUAAGGGAUGUGGAGGCGGCGGUAGGGGGUGGGGCGAGGGUGUUUGUGUCCGGGCCUGAGGGGUUUAUUGGCUGGAUUGCGGGGCCGAAGGGUUUUAGGGACGGGAGGGAGGAGCAGGGCCCCGUGGGCGGUAUGGUUGGGUCGGUUCUGAGGAGGAAGGGCGGUAAUGUGGAGGUGUUUAAGCUGUAG